ACAAAUUGCUUCUGCAAACGACAUCAAACCACGCACCAAUCAGCGCCUUCGGCACAGAAUUUAAACUUUUCAAAACAAUCCUUUAAUCAGCUUGACGUUUUUUUCCAAUCUUCCCGUCAUUAAUUCUAUAUUUACAAAUUGGCAGAUUCUUCUUCUCCAACUCAGCCAGAAUGGAUGAAACACGAGUGUUGAAACAGAAUAUCGUGCAGGCUAAUCGUGAAGUUAAACACGAUGUGAAGGUCACAAACAACCUGCCGUCUGCCGACGAUGUUGAAAACAAACCCGUGGACCCACAUAAGAAAGCGGUAAGCGCCGUUCCCCAAGCUAGCAAUGUCACUACAGCUACUACUGCCUUCACUGCUACCAGCAAUAACAACACAGGUCGAAACAAAUGGUCCUUGGGUGAUUUUGAUAUUGGUAAACCUCUUGGUAAGGGCAAAUUUGGCAGUGUUUAUCUAGCACGUGAGAAACGCAGUAAAUUUAUUGUUGCUUUGAAGGUCUUAUUUAAAUCCCAGCUUCAAAGUGCCGGAGUGGAGCAUCAACUGAGGAGGGAGAUUGAAAUUCAGUCUCAUUUAAGACACCCAAAUAUUCUUCGCCUCUAUGGUUAUUUCCAUGAUAAAUCUCGGGUCUACUUGAUUUUGGAGUAUGCUCCAGAAGGGGAGCUAUAUAAGCACUUACAGAGAAAGCACCGCUUCAGUGAAGAAACAGCAGCUUCGUAUAUUGCCCAGAUGGCAGCUGCCCUACAAUACUGUCACCAGAAAAAGGUGAUUCACAGAGACAUCAAACCAGAAAACAUUUUACUCGGCUUAAAAGGUGAAUUAAAAAUUGCAGAUUUUGGCUGGUCUGUCCAUGCUCCAACUUCAAGACGUACCACAUUGUGUGGAACUCUUGACUACCUGCCUCCAGAGAUGAUCGAGAACCGGCCGCAUGAUGACAAGGUGGACUUGUGGAGUCUUGGAGUGUUGUGCUACGAGUUUGUGGUUGGUAGGCCACCAUUUGAGGCCGAUGGCCACACAGAGACAUAUCGCAGAAUAACGAAAGUUAUUUACACAAUCCCCGAUUACGUGAGUUCAGAUGCUGCCGACCUGAUUAAAAAGCUUUUGCGAUUUGACCCUGCUCAAAGACUGCCUUUGACAGGUGUACUCAACCACCGUUGGAUCACAUCGAAAUGCAAUAUUACCAUCCCAGUGGUUCCACAGUCAACAGAAUCUCAAUAAUAUUUUAGCAUUUACUUUACCUACCUACCUACCUAACCAACCAACCAGCCAGCCGACCAAGCGACCACUCUUCCCUCCACCCCCAUUUUUGUUUUUUUUGUUUCCUCCUCCUCCUCCUCUUAUGAAAACCACUCAGUUUAUGACCCAUGGCAAGAACUGCAAUAAAGAAACUCCUUUGUAAACAGAAACUGAAAAGACUGAAAAAACGAAAAUUCUUGCAAGAAAAAGGUAGAUUGGCUGGCAAGGUGUAGAUAAUAAAAUUUUUCCUGGACACUCCUUUUACCCACCCUCUUUAUCACCACCACCCCCAUCUGAUGGUUGUGCCCGCCCCCAUCUGAUGGUUGUGCCCCACCCCCAUCUGAUGGUUGUGCCCCACCCCCAUCCUCUUCUGAAUAAUUUGAAAUUUCUCAUUUGUUCUCAAGACUGUUUUCUCUUGAUAAUUCUGUGCUUUGGAGAUGUAUGUAUGUAUGUAUGUAUGUGUGUGUGUGGUUAUUUUAGUAACAAACCCUGUCGUGUGUGAUUUGUGUAUGUAUGUAUGUGUAUAUAAUUGUAUCUGUAUGCGUUGAAAAGGAAUUUAAGAAACCUAAUUAUAUGAAAUAAAUGAACCCUACAUAUAUAAA